AUGGCACCUAUAGAUAUCGAUCGAUUAAAGACAUUUUUUCUACCACAUGGUCUCAUAUAUACUUUUUUGGGUCUCAUAAUCGUAUGUCUCACUAUCUUAACCAUCGUCUAUGCUAGUUUAUGGCGUCAUACUAAAACUUCUUCAAAUAGUUUUGCUGUUGAAAAUGGAAUUAUUGGUUAUCCUGUUCGUUUACCGAAUGAUGGUCGAUAUGUUCAAUGGAAUUUCUUACAAAUGAAUGAUGUUUAUGAAUUAUUACCACUUGAUGGAGGACGACGAGGUGGUUUAGCUCGUGUUGCUUUUAUGCGACAAUUAUUAAAACAAGAAAAUCCAAAUACUUAUACAAUUCUUGCUGGUGAUCUUAUUUCUCCAUCAGCUAUAGGUGUAUCAAUAUUGAAUGGAACAAGUUUAAAUGGAAAACAAAUGAUUGCCACAAUGAAUGUAUUAGGACUUGAUUUUAUGACAUUUGGAAAUCAUGAAUUUGAUUUAUCUGAAAUAAACUUACUUACUAGAAUGAAUGAAUCAAAAUUUACUUGGAUUAGUACAAAUAUAUUUCGAAAAGAUAGUAAUCAAACAUUUGGAUCAAGUAUUCCUCAUAAAAUAUUGACUAUUGAUACAGUUCGAAUUCUUUUCAUUGGUUUAACUAUUGAGGGAACUGGUAAUUAUGUUCGAAUAAUCAAUCAAUCAUCAUUAGUUAAUUAUGUUCAAGAAUAUUUAAAAUUAUUUCCAAAUGGAACAUAUGAUGUACUUGUUGCUAUUACUCAUUUAUCUAUGGCAAUAGAUAUUGAACUUGCUUCAAACAUUCCACAAAUUGAUCUUAUUAUUGGUGGACAUGAACAUGAAAAUUAUUAUUAUUUAAGAGGAACAAAAUAUAUACCAAUUUAUAAAGCAGAUGGAAAUGCUUUUACUGUUUAUAUACAUCGUUGUGCUUAUAAUUUAGAUACAAAACGUCUUCGUAUUUAUAGUACUUUAGCACCAGUAACAUCUGCAGUACCAGAAGAAGAGAAUACAGCAACCGUAGCAAAUUAUUGGUUUAAUUUAGGUAUUCAAGGAUUUCAAGCGUUAGGUUAUGAACCAAAUGUAACUGUAUCAUGUUUACCGAUCGGUAUUGAAUUAGAUGGUAGAGGUCAAUCUUGUAAAAGUUAUGUUACAUCUUUAACUGCUGCAAUAUGUGAAAGUUUAUUAUUAUUAACAGAAGCAAAUAAAACAACAAUUGGAAUAAUGAAUGGAGGAACAGUACGCAUUGAUGAUAUUCUUCGUGAAACUAUUACACAAUAUGAUAUUUUACGUACAUUACCUUUUCCAGAUCGUGUUGUUGCUCUUUCUGUUCCUGGUCAAGUACUUGCUCAAGUUCUCACUACUGGUAUGUCUUUCAAAGGAUAUGGAAUGUUUAUUGCUUAUACUAGAGUGGAAACAUUAGAUAAUGGUAAUACAUGGUUAUUUAAUGGAACAGAUAUAUCAAAAAGUGGUCUUUAUUAUAACGUGGCAACAUUAGCAUAUUUACGAAAUAAUACACAAUUAAACAAUCCAAAUGUGACAACUUUAUACGAAUCUAAUGUAACAUUGCCAAAAGGUUUAAUGGAAUAUUUAAAAAUAAAAUAUCCACCUUGUUAG